UAAGAACUGUACCUCCCCCGUUCCACACAUCAGAGGCGGCUGCCAUCACUUCUUGGUGUCUGGGACGAACGAAAAGGAAGGGAGAGCGGGUAUCGUCGGGGCCAUGGCCACGGAUCCGCUCCUCAGCCUCCACCGCCACCCGUCCGACCUCAUGGUCGGCGUCGUCGACUACCUCGGCCGUCCCGCCUCCAGAUCCGCCACUGGCGGCUGGACCUCCGCCCUCUUUAUCAUAGUGGUGGAGGUUGCCGAGCGGUUCGCCUUCUUCGGGUUGUCCUCCAACCUGAUAAUCUACCUCACCGGCCCGCUCAAUGAGCCGACGGCGACAGCUGCGGCCGCUAUCAGCACGUGGAAGGGAGUGGCGUGUCUGCUGCCCUUCCUGGGCGCUGUCGUCGCCGAAAGUUGAGCCCCUUCGCCCGUAUCGGCAAAACACUCGUUGCAUUGGCAAGAACUACGGCCGAAGCAGACACAGAACGUCACCAAUCUGAGUAAUACUGCCCCGUUAUCUGUCGACAAUAUCUUUUCUUUUGGACUAACGAAGAUUGGUUUGUGGGCAUGCAGUGUUGGAGAUGUAGAGGAAGCUAAGAGGUUGCUUCGACUGUUCCCCACAUGGGCGACGUGCUUGAUCUACGCCGCCGUGCUUAACCAGCCAUCCACCUUCUUCACUAAGCAAGCCAGUACUUUGGACAGGAGCAUCAGCAGCUCGAACUUUCGAGUGCCACCAGCGGCGCUGCUAAGCCUUAUCAGUGCCUCCGCCGCCGCUUUCACUCCCAUCUAUGAUCGCUUUCUCGUGCCCGCAGCCAGAAGGUUCACAGGUCUUCCUUCUGGCAUCACGAUGCUUCAGAGGAUCGGCAUCGGAAAGGUGAUCUCUCUGAUCUCUAUCGUGGUGGCAGCCCUGGUGGAGACGAAGAGGCUCCGAACUGCGAGAGAGUUCGGCCUGGUGGAUCAGCCCGAAGCAACCAUUCCACUGAGCAUCUGGUGGCUGGUGCCUCAGUACGUUCUUUCCGGCGUGGCGGAUGCUUUCUCGGUAACCGGGUUGCUGGAGUUCUUCUACGACCAAGUCCCUGAUGCACUGAGGAGUCUCGGGGUGGCCCUCUUCAUGAGCAUCUUCGGCGUCGGCAGCUUCAUCGACGGAUUCAUGAUCUCUGCGAUCAACAAAAUAACUGGCGUAAUGGGAGAGACUUGGUUUUCCAACAAUCUCAACCGCGCUCAUCUUGAUUACUUCUACUGGCUUCUCGCGGGGCUCAGUAUUCUCGAGUUGGUUCUCUACCUCCACUGUGCGCAAGCAUAUGUGUACAAGAAAAAGGACACUGCUGCACUCACGUAACUUCACUUUCAUUCCAUGGGAUCCUUCUUGUCAUUCGC